AUGACCAACACCAACGAAGACUUUGAUCUCCCUCGCUGGCAAACUCACGCUCAUCUGGAACCGUUGUCUUCAUCUGCACAGGCUGCUCAGUCUGCUGCUAGAGCAUCUUAUCUUUAUCCUAGUGCACCGCCUCCACCACCACCGCAGUCUCUCACAACCGCCGGUCAGAGAUUGCCGCCCUUACAUCAAUCUCCUGGCUCAUCCAGGCAGCCUCGUCUGGCUCAAAUCCUUGACCACGAUCAACCAACGGGCGUUACAUCUUCAUCUUUCCUUUCUACAGGUUUAAACCAGCUUUCGAGGAGUGCGUCAUUAGGUGGUGGUAGUGGAGCUGGUAACGGAUCUUCCAGGGCUCGUCGUCACCAUCAACCAGAAGAUCUCGAGGGCGCUUUCAACCUUGACGCCCAAAACGUUCCUAGUUCGAGACACAUGGCUGCAACACCAAAUUCCCUCUACCCAUCCAGCAUUGCUUUCCACCAAUCUCAAACAGGUCCCCCUCCCCCCAACAAUAGCGCAUCUCCCACAGGUGUAUCCAGCGAACCAUAUUCAGAAAUGUAUUAUAAUGGUUCCAGUGGGAACCUUCCAAAGCGAGCUCUUACACAGCAUGAUCCUACCUCCCGCUCUGGACGUUCACCAAUGCGUGCGGGUAACUCACUCCUGGAUCCAUACUCUCAACAAGCCCAGUACUCACCAUCUACCACCCCUUACCUCUACGCUUCAUCGUCUGAGAGGCCCAACACUUCAUCUGCCUAUCAUUCCCAUGCCCGCAACACUUCUCAGACCAAGGUUGAAAGCUCGACGCCACCACUAUCAUCCCCGUACACUCCGCAGAGUGCUGCGCAGGCUGCUUAUGCUGCGUAUGCGAUGGACUCCUCCAGUCCCGCACCACACCAAAAU